AUGUCCAUGGCCAGGCUCAACAGCGUCAAUGGCUUCUUGGAGGACUCCAGGAUGGAGCCGGGGGACAUGGGCAGGAUCCUGCGCUGCCUGGAGAUGGGCACCGUCCUCACCUUGUUCUACCAGAAGAAGUCGCAGAGGCCGGAGAGAAGGACCUUCCAGGUGAAGCUGGAGACUCGCCAGAUCAUCUGGAGCCGGACGCCCGAGAAGGUGGAGGGGGACAUCGACAUUCGGGAGAUCAAGGAGAUCCGCCUGGGGAAGAAUUCCCGGGAUUUCGAGCGCUACCCCGAGGAUGCUCGCAAGCUGGACUUCACCAUGUGCUUCAUCAUCCUCUACGGGAUGGACUUCAGGCUGCGGACACUCAGCGUGGCUGCUUUCUGCGAGGAGGACAUCAACUUAUGGAUAACGGGGCUCAACUGGCUGGUGGCUGACACCCAGAGAGCCCAGACCCCACUGCAGAUCGAGAGGUGGCUACGGAAGCAGUUUGAUGGGAUGGACCGGGCAAGAGAAGGCAGCAUCACAGUGAAGGACCUGAAGGCAAUGCUGCCACAGGUCAACUACCGUGUUCCCAAUAUGAGAUUCCUGCGGGAUAAACUCGUGGAAGUGGAAGCCAGGAAUGAGAUGACUUUCUCCCACUUCAUCCAGUUCUACAAAAACCUGAUGUUUGAUGCCCAGAAGUCGGUCAUUGAGCAGCUGGAGCUUUCCUUCCCCUUGCGGAAUGUGGACCGCCCUGAGCUGUGCCAAGUGUCCCUCUACGACUUCCAGAAGUUUCUGCUGCAUGACCAGAAGGAAUCCUGGGCCAGUGACGUGGGCGUGGUGCGGGACUACAUGUGCUCCUACCUCAAGGAGAGCUCCACUGAAGCAUCAGAUCCCUCCUUCCAGCUGGAUGAGUUCCUCACAUACCUCUUCUCCAAGGAAAACAUGGUGAUGGAUGCUAAGUAUGAGCGCGUGGUGCCCGAGGAGAUGAACCACCCUUUGUCCCAAUACUGGAUCUCCUCAUCCCACAACACGUAUCUGACAGGAGACCAGUUCUCCAGUGAGUCCUCCCUGGAAGCGUACGCCCGGUGCCUGCGGAUGGGCUGCCGCUGCAUCGAGUUGGAUUGCUGGGAUGGCCCGGACGAUCUCCCCAUCAUCUACCACGGCCACACGCUCACCUCCAAGAUCAAAUUCCUGGAUGUGCUGCACACCAUCAAGGAUCACGCAUUUGUCACCUCUGAGUUCCCCAUCAUCCUCUCCAUCGAAGACCACUGCAGCAUCGUCCAGCAGAGGAACAUGGCUUCCCACUUCAAGAAGGUUUUUGGGGACAUGCUCCUCACCAAGCCAGUGGACAUCAAUGCUGAUGAGUUGCCCUCACCCACCCAACUCAAGAAAAAAAUCCUAAUCAAGCACAAGAAACUGGUGGAAGGGAACCUGUAUGAGGAGGUGUCAACCGCCAGCUACUCAGAGAACGACAUCAGCAACUCCAUCAAGAAUGGAAUUCUCUACCUUGAAGACCCCAUCGACCACACCUGGAGCCCUCAUUAUUUUGUCCUGACAAGCAACAAGAUUUACUACUCAGAGGAGACAUCCCGCUACCAGUUCAACGAGGAUGAAGAGGAGGUGGAGCAGAAGGAGGAGUUCAACAACAAUGAGCUGCACUUCACGGAGAAGUGGUUCCACGGCAAGCUCGGGGGUGGCCGUGAUGGGCGACAGAUUGCGGAGAAGCUGCUGCAUGAGUACUGCACCGAGACGGGUGGCAAGGACGGCACCUUCCUGGUGCGCGAGAGCGAGACCUUCGUGGGCGACUACACCCUUUCCUUCUGGAGGUCCAGCCGGGUGCAGCACUGCCGGAUCCACUCAAGGCAGGAGGCUGGGGCCACCAAGUUCUACCUGACGGACAACCUGGUCUUCGACAGCCUCUACAGCCUCAUCUGCCACUACCGGGAGGUGCCGCUGCGCUGCAAUGAGUUUGAGAUGCGCCUCACCGACCCCGUCCCCCAACCCAACGCCCACGAGAGCAAAGAGUGGUACCAUGCCAGCUUGACGCGUCUCCAGGCCGAGCACAUGCUGAUGCGGGUCCCGCGGGAUGGAGCAUUCCUGGUGCGGAAGCGCAGCGAACCCAACUCUUACGCCAUCUCCUUCCGGGCGGAGGGGAAGAUCAAGCACUGCCGCAUCCAGCAGGAAGGGCGGCUCUUCAUGCUGGGCAGCUCGGCCGAGUUUGAGAGCCUCGUGGACCUCAUCAGCUACUACGAGAAGCACCCGCUGUACCGCAAGAUGAAGCUGCGCUACCCCAUCAACGAGGAGACCCUGGAGAAGAUGGGCACCACUGAACUGGAUUAUGGAGCCCUGUAUGAGGUGCGGACCCCCCACUUCUACGUAGAGGCCAACAAGAUGCCAAUGGCCAGGUGCACGGUGAAGGCUCUGUAUGACUACAAGGCACAACGGGAGGAUGAGCUGUCAUUCUGCAAGCAGGCCAUCAUCCACAACGUGGACAAACAGGACGGCGGCUGGUGGCGGGGGGACUACGGGGGCAAGAAGCAGCUCUGGUUCCCGGCCAACUACGUGGAGGAGAUUGUUGGCAGCCAGGCACAGGAGCAGGAUGAGGCUUCAUCAGAAAACAGCCCCUUGGGGAACUUCCUGAAGGGCUUCAUCGAUGUCCCAUCAUGCCACGUCGUUAUCUCCAAAGACGGGAGGAGCUCCAAACCAUUUGUCUUCACCAUCCAUUCCCAGCAGAUGUCCCACGCAGCCCAGUCACUGGACGUGGCCGCAGACACGCAGGAGGAACUCAGCGAGUGGGUGGCCAAGAUCCGGGAGGCCACGCAGAACGCCGACGCCAGGAUGCAAGAGGGGAAGAUCAUGGAGCGGAGGAAGAAGAUCGCCCUGGAGCUCUCGGAGCUGGUCGUGUACUGCCGGCCGGUGCCAUUUGACGAGGACAAGAUUGGGACAGACAAGGCAUGUUACCGGGACAUGUCCUCCUUCCCGGAGACCAAGGCGGAGAAAUACGCCAACCGCAGCAAGGGCAAGAAGUUCCUGCAGUACAACCGCCGCCAGCUGAGCCGCAUCUAUCCCAAAGGACAGCGCCUGGACUCCUCCAACUAUGACCCACUACCCAUGUGGAUCUGUGGGAGCCAACUCGUAGCCCUCAACUUCCAGACGCCCGACAAACCAAUGCAGCUGAACCAGGCGCUCUUCAUGCUCGGUGGUCGCAGCGGCUACGUCCUGCAGCCUGACAUCAUGAGGGACGAGACCUUCGACCCCUUCGACAAGAACAGCCUGAAGAUUGUGGAGCCCAUCACAGUCCAGCUGCAGAUCCUCGGUGCCCGGCACCUGCCCAAGAAUGGGAGGAGCAUCGUGUGCCCCUUUGUGGAGGUGGAGGUUUGCGGCUCCGAGUAUGACAACAGCAAGAACAAAACAGAUGUUGUAGCUGACAAUGGCUUCAACCCCGUCUGGCUCUUCAAGCAGUUCGUCUUCGACAUCAACAACCCCGAGUUCGCCUUCCUCCGCUUCGUGGUGUACGAGGAGGACAUGUUCAGUGACCCAAACUUCUUGGCACAAGCCACCUUCCCUGUCAAGGGCCUCAAAACAGGCUAUCGGUCGGUGCCAUUGAAGAACAGCUACACCGAGGACCUGGAGCUCGCCUCCCUCCUCAUCCACAUCGAAAUCAUCAAUGCCAAGGAGGAAGACGAGGAGAACCUCUACUCAUCCAUCCAGCAGCUCCGGGACCGUGCCAGUGAGCUUUCCAGCCAGGUUUCCAGCUACGAGCGCACCAAUGGCUGCGAUUCCCGCUACCAGCAGCGCCUGGAUGAGCUCCGGGCAGCCCAGGAGCGGCUCAUGGAGCUCACUGAAGUCCGCAACCGCAAGCUGAUGGAGAAGAAGAAGAGGGACCGGCAGAUGGUCACCAAACGCAGCUGA